UCAAGAUGGCGGAAUAUCGGUAGUAGCGUUUAAUUUACAAUCCACGGGCUUUAAAAACGAUCGCGCAGUAUCGGCACCGCGAUCGUUAUCACCGACAAUUUCGGGGAGGAGAAGCUCGCGCGAUGUUGUGCUGCGAACGUGAAGUUUGGUUACGCGCGUUUUUGACGUGCGCGAUCGGCGCCUGCUCGAUGCUGGGCGACCUCGGUCUCAAGUACGGCAAAAGCGCGCCGGAACGCGCGGUAUUUGACAAUGCAACGCACGCGACGGUGGGCGGUCUUACGUGGACGCUGAUUGUCGUCCUGUCGCGAAAACCCAUCAUGCGCAGCCUGAAUGCUAUAUUUUCUUGCUUCCUGCUAGCAUCUUUCAUCGAUCUGGAUCACUUCAUCGCUGCGCACAGUUGGCAUAUUCAUGAUGCUACGCAUUUGGACAAACGGCCAUUCCUACAUUGUACUACAGUACCUAUCGUCCUGUGGAUACUUUUUAUCCUACUUUCCAGUAUAUUCCACUCUCCAGAGUUCCAGCAGGCUUCCUGGAUAAUGUUGGCUGCCUUCUUGAGUCAUCAUAUACGAGAUGGCACCAGAAGAGGUUUGUGGUUCUGUCCCUUUGGAUCCACCCGUCCAAUUCCUUACUACUUAUACGUGAGUCUUAGCAUGUCCCUUCCUUACCUAUUAUAUUGGCUCUUGAGUCUGCAUACUUUUACAGAGAAGAGUGACAGCAAUGUUUCUCUCAUUGAUGUGUGAUAUUUAUUUUCUAAUUUAUAUAUUAUAUACUGAAUGUCCCCGAUUGAGUGGACAUCCAAAGUAUCAAUGUAUAAACUAUCAAGUCUUUGUUACAUAUCUUUGUUACAUAUCAUUUUUUUAAUUAUAUAUGACUAAAAGUAACUGAAACAAGCUUUAAGGAUGACACAUCACAGUCAAUAUUUGACUUAAUUAGUAAAAAUAAUCAUGUUUUCAAGUUAAUGUUGAAGUUUUUAUAAUGGAAGAAUAAGUAAUGAGAGUGGUUUUACACUGUUACUGAGUUAUUGCGAAUGAGUAGAAAAGUUCGAAUAAAACUUCUACGCAAGCCCCACGUGCGUUUGUUUUCUACGUUUCCAUAUUUACGAGUCGAUAGACAGCCUAUUAUUAUGCAAAACGCCGACGAUAUUUCCCACAACUCAAUAGCAAUUCGAUUUUGUAAUCGAUAAUAUACACCACAUAUUAUCGUCUAUAAUGUCUGGCGUGUAAAGAAUGUAUCAUAAAACUAUUUAAUUUCCAGAUAAGAUUUAAAUAAUAGUAAUGAUCGUAGUGUACGUAUAUUUUUCUCUUUAAGCUUAUUUUAAGCGACACUUUUUUAAGACUACUGGGUAGUCGCUGUGACUGUCCUUGUUUAAUGACGUCAGAAGCGAAAAAACGCAGGAAUUUGUCAAUUAUUGCGUUAUAUAUUCAAGUAACAGGAUAUACAAAAUAUUUGUGAUCGAUUCAGCACACUUGUAAAAUUGUCCGAGUACUUUCCUUUUACUCGAGCAAUCAAUAAAUAGUCGCAAAAUUAACUUUACAUACCUUCCUUUUUUCCCUACGUAUCUUCCUUUUUAAUCUACUUACUCGUAAUUUUGUCAGUGUUAAUUUUAGACUAUUUACUAAUUGUUCCAGUAAAAGGAAAUUAUUCGGACAAUUUUACAAGUAUGCUGAAUCAAUUACAAAUGUCAUUUUGUAGGUAUAUCUUUUUAUUUAACCCGGGAAUAGUCACCUGAGGUCAUUUAGAAUCUAAUUAAAAGUCGCUAUUAUUAACAAAAUAUAGCAUAUUAUCGAUUGCUGUAUUAAGUUAUUAUUAUUUAAGGAUA